AUGUCACUCGCUGAAUGCGUGAGGGUAGUGGUUCGAACGAGGCCGCUGAACCAAAGGGAAGUGAACAUGGGCUGCGACACGGUGGUGGACAUCGACCAGGGUCGCGCCCAGUGCGUCAUCGUCAACCCCAACGAUCGCGCCUCGCUGCCGAAACUGUUCACUUUCGAUGGCGCCUACGACAGUCAAGCCACCACCGAGACCAUCUACUACGAAAUUGUCUACCCACUUGUUGAGGUGAGUACAGUUUGUGAGUGA